UCCUUUCAGCCACCAAAGCCGUUGGCAGCUAGUCUGUUAGCUAACGGCUACGUGCGCAGUCAGUAGCGGACACAUUUGGUGCUGGAUGUUUCGUCUUCGCUGAGAAUGAACCGUAAAGGUGCCAGGUAUGACCUGACAACCACAACAUCAGGCUGCUUUGAACUCUUCCUGCAUCAUCCCAGCUCAGCUGGAUAGAACAGCCUUCUCACAUCUAAAUCAUCUGCUCAGGACUGUUGUUUCUUCCUCCAGAGACCUCAGUCAACCCAGGACUGUACUGCAUCAGCCACACAGAAAUCUUCUGUCAACCCCCUUUCAAAAAACACCAAAAGCAAAAGUGACAAUGUAUUGUCUGCAGUGGCUUCUCCCUGUGCUGCUCAUUCCCAAGCCGCUGAACCCAGCUCUGUGGUUCAACCACUCCAUGUUCAUGGGCUUCUACCUGCUCAGCUUCCUGCUGGAAAGGAAGCCCUGCACCAUCUGUGCCUUGGUCUUCCUGGCUGCCCUCUUCCUCAUCUGCUAUAGCUGCUGGGGCAACUGCUUCCUUUAUCACUGCCAGGAUGCUGUACUGCCAGAUGCUGCACACAACCCAGCGAUAGUUGGGACCUAGAAGAGGAUGAAGGGUGCACUAGAGAGGGGGAGGAGGAAGCGUGGAGACUAAAUUGCUGUUGAAUGAUACUGCCAUGCUGUUAAGAGGGAGUUGGACUACACUUUAAGAUGGAAUAUUGAAGAGGCAGUGCUGAAAGAAUGCUGGAUGGGAAUAACAUAAAUGCUCAGGAGGAGUAGAGCCAGUUCUGGAAGAAUACACUCACUGUAAGGAAGAAUUUAAGAAGACAUGUGCUGUAAUGUAACACUAAGGAAAGACGGGGCGUCCAAAUUUGAAAUGCAAAGGGAAGGAUAAGUGUGACGUUGGUGCUGAGGAGAGAAUUUUCCUGUCAUUCCCAGCAACUUUGAUUCCAGCAUUUGAAUGAAAAGCAGAUAAAACCGUAUACAGUAUACACUAUGUUUCAUUGUUCAUCUUUUUAGAAAGAAAAUAUUUUAUUCCUCCAACAGAACCACACUGAGCACACGGGCUGGACAAACAUGAACCCUCCGGUAGCGAAAGUCCAAAACCCUGUCGCCUCUUUGGCUCUGCACAUGCCACCCUCAACAAAAGGAGAGCACACUGACACUGGACAAUCAGUAACCAUGCUGUGAAGAAGAAAAAAAAACAAACCCUUUCCCCACAUAUUGACACAAACACCUCACACAGGUGUGAUAAUGCUGAGGAACUGUACGGUUGUUGCUACCCACUGUGCUUUGCAGCUUCCCCUUCCUCCUCACCCCUCAGUGUGAAAGUCCCCAACACCGCACCUGCAAUCCAAACUUUAAUUUCCCCUUUUCUUUUUUUCCUUUAAAGUAAAAUUUUCUUGUGCAUGGUGUGCUGUUUAUCUUUUUUUCUUUCAAGCAUUAAGUUUCACAAACAGGUUUUAAUGAAUUUAAACAAAAUGCUGAAAAAAGUUUCCAAAGGGUAAAAAAAAAAAAACCAGGGCGUGCGAGUGUUUGCAGGUUGAAUGAAAGAUUUUUCUGUAAUGUGCGAUAGCGUGUUUUUUUUUUUAUUUUUAUUUUAUUUUUUUGUGAUCUUGACAUGCUGAUAAAAAGUGUGGUGAGACUAAAGGAAACAGACAGGAGAUGCUCAGUGUAACGGUAAGCAAUACAGAGAGCCAGUUGAGGAGGGAGCUUCAGAUUUUACUCGCAGCACAGUGUUUACCGGUUAUGUUUCCUUGUUUCACUGCUCUUAGUAUUAACGCUUCGCUGUCAGACACACACGUAGAUGUUUAUAGUGUGUAACUAUUGGCGUGUGUGAGGAGUGUGUAUGUUUGUAGCCUCCUGUUGCAGCGUUGAACAUGUUUACUGCAACUUGAUUGUUUUGGUUUUAAUUUAAAUAAAGUUUUUCCUCUCUACAUGUU